AUGAGCAACAUUGAGGAAGAGGUUCAAGAAGCACAAGAGGAAACGGAGGAGGAGAGACACAAGCAUUGUCAAUUGCCGGGACAACUUGAAGCCGAGAAAGCCGAAGAGAAUUCGAAAUUGCAGGUGGCUCUCACAGCACGGAAUGAAGCAUUAGCCGAGAGUCAGAAGGUCGAGCGAGAAGUCUUUGAGUUGCAGCAGCAGCUGGAGUCCAAAAAUGCCGCUCUGCAGGAUCAGGUCCCGUGCAACGAUAUUCAGCUGGUGUUGGAUCAGGCACACGGAGACCUGGUGUCAACGACCACUCGAUUUUGGAAUACGGUCGACGCCCUUCAGAACAGACGACUGGCAUCUUAUUUGCCCGGCUCUGGAGUCAUUCAGGCAGACUGGCCCGAGCAGGGAGGCGUGGCCACCCAGGGCGACGAUUUCCCCUCAGCUUCUCCGAACCGACUGUCCCGCUUCUUGAUCAGCAGGAGCCCUCUGCGACUGACCAAUAUUGAUAUCUUGUCUAAAACAAUGAUGCAUUUCGGACUUUGA